AUGGAACGGCCAAGAGUUAUGAGCAAGAAAACCAUCCGCGACUUCCGGUUCCUGUGUCCCAACAACACGGUGUUCGACCAGCAGAACUUUAUCUGUACGAAUUGGUGGGACAUCGACUGCAAGCGGUCCACUCGCUAUUACAGCAAGAACGAUCUGUUUCGUGUGGACGAGUCCACGACACAGCAAGAAUACGAAUACGAGCAGCCUUUCUCUUCCUCCUACUACGAGUACGCCUACGAUGAAUACGAAGAUUCCCAAGCGAGAAAUAAUCCCGACUACGAGUAUUAUGAUGAUGGUGACAAGCACAGAUUCGAAAGAGCUAGAAGCAGACAAGGAAAAUCUCAAGACAGUAGUAGUACCACCAUCCCCACACCUUUCUCAACGUCUGCAACUACUACUACUACGACUACGACUACCACCACCCCCACCCCUACCACCACUACCACCACAACUACAACCACAACCACCACCACCACAACCCCAAAGCCUACAACAAGCACAACUACAACCGCUUGGCCUGACACUACUCCACAGCCAACUACCAGAACUACUCCUCGCAUCACAACACUACGACCUUCCCUCCGCUUUCCUCCAGCUUUUAGGGUGGGUAAACCUGUAGUCAGUGUCUCUAGCUCAAUGUCACACGAAUCUACCUCGGACAAUAUUUCAUCAAGAUUUUCUAGGUUUCAAAACCCUCACAGGAUUGAAACAUCGUCGACGAGAGCUGUACGUCAAGAGACUUUAAGCAACGACGAAGUUGACGACCUAUAUGAAGGGGUGGAAGACCCCUUCGCUCACUAUGACUGGCGUCGGGACUCCUCCGGGGUGACAGCUUCCACAAAGACCACAUACGAGCAGCGCUUCGGCACGAACACCCGAUCUCGACAGAACCCAGUAAUGUUCCCGACUGCUAGUAGGAACCAGGAGUAUACAUCCAUCACCCUUAACAAUAGAAAAUCUUUUGACACAAAUGAGAGUAGCAGCAACGACAGCAACACGAACACCAGAGGUCGACAUAUUGGUAAUCGAGGAUCAACUAAUUUUUCCAACAGCAGCAGGUCGCGGACAGCUGCAAUUGAUCCUGGUCUUGAAGAGUUCUCCAACUUCCGAUACUACAAGACAGCCUUCGGAAACAUGUCCCCGACGUCAAUGAUCCCCACGACCACUGCAUCGCCAUCUAAGUAUAGAUCUUCAACGCUCAAAUCGACGUAUACAACAGCUUCGCCUGUAGGAAGAUCAACUACUUCAGUCUCGUCGUCGUCAAGUACACGAGUUCGCCCGGCCGGUUACAUCUCUGCUCGGUCAGCGUCGAGAAACACAAGGUAUGCGCUCUAUGGCUGACCCGCUGUUGCUGUGGGAUUUUUAGAGAGGCCAAAUCCCAUCUUAACCAGGAAACAAAAACUGUGAAGGCUAAUACGAAUACGUUCUUUAAACUGUACAACAAUGUGCUGGACACUGAAAUAUAUAUAUGUGUAUAUAAUCUGGCUGGUCAGAUUAUAGUGAUCGUGUUUCAUAUCGAGUGCUCAAUAGUUAUAUAGAACCCAUAACAAUGUUUGGUGCUGAACUAAAUAAAUGAGAACUACUAUAGAAGGCCACAAGUUAUAAGUGUGUACAUUAACGGACUCACUAACACUGUAGCACUUAUAAUGUGUCUGGCAUGAUUGUCUUGGCAGAAAAAGAAAGCGCCUUAUAAAAAAAACGAAGUAGUGAUAAAUUCUACUUUAUAUGCUGGAACGGAAGAUCCGCACCAGGGAAAUAAACAAUAACGUCAUACGAUAAAUGAAACCCAAAUUGCGCACAGUUACGUACGACAGGCCAUAGAUAAGGGAAAAGAUUCACCAAGUACAUAAGUGUUCACCUACGAGAUUAGUAUCAUUUACUUCGAUGACAGCAGCUUAGUCUGUAAUUUACUAAACAGUACACUAACUCAGAAAUUUUACAAGGUCGUCCAUACCCAACCGUAGGUCCCGGACCACCUAGUAGCGCAUCGGAGAUCGUCAACUGUUUCCGAAAUGUUUUAGGUAAGAGUUACAAAUCUCGCAAAUGGACAAAUAAAUGCUCUGUGAACCUUGAAUUUGGUUUUCCUGGUAUUAAACGGUCGACACUCUUCACAUUGCUAGGGUAGGCCGAGGGGGUGCGUUCAACUGGUCAGAAUACAGGUGGAGUUCGUCCUGCAUUAUUUUCAAAGAGGAAUACGCUCGCCUCCAAUAUUUAUUUAAUUUUCUUCACCAAAAAGCUUGACUUGACACCUUGUCCAUGUAUAUAUAUACUAUUAUAUACGGUCGAACAGCGGAGGCAGAAAAUAAUGCUCGUGAACGGUGCUUGGGACGUGUGAUACAACUAAAUAUUAAGUAGCCUAACAGAGGUCUCUGGACUAAGAGCCCACAUGUCUACAGUCUGAUCCUAAAUAAUAUUUAUCAACCACAUCUGUAUAAAAAUAACGAAUAAAGGAUUUUAUAUUCAUUAAAUUUAUAUAUAGCAAGAGGAUAAAUAGAGCAAUAAUAUGAGAAUGGAUUGUUUUUGUGUACAUUUAAUAAAGAUCACCACUGUUGACACAUGGGGUGAACAUUUGUAUUUCCAGAGUGAGGCCUCCUGUAUACCAUGACAUGUAUUACUGUGUUUGCGAUCACCUCAUGUAAUAUAAGGUGCCCGGUGUUGAUGUGCUUGAUCAUCUCGUGCAAUGUAGGUGCCUGGUGGUGAUGUAGUUCAUCGCCUCAUGCAAUAUAGGUGCCUUGUAUUGAUGUAUGUGAUUAUUUCAUAUAAUAUAGAUGCCAGGUGUUGUAGUUCAUAGCUAUGCAACAUAGGUGCCUGGUGUGGAUCACCUCACCGAAUAUAGAUGACUGGUGUCGAUUACUAAAUACAAUAUAGGGGCCUACAAAUUGUUAACCACAAUAAGAUGGGAACUAACAUUUCAUUCAUUUGGACCAUCGUAGCCUCGAACACUGGACCACAAAAGCGGAAAACUGUAUUUCUACCAACCAGGCUACCGAGCUACCCACACAAUAAGGAAGGAUCCCAGAGACACAUGCCAGUUCCCGUGAACUGGCAUCUAACCGGUAUCUUUAAGUCUUCCCUGGGGUGCCACUUGAAUAUGGAGGUGUUAGUUUUUUUUUUGUAGGUGAUCCACGUCCUAGUCAUAUUAAUACAGAACUACAGUUUUCCACUUUUGUGGUCCCGUGUUUUGAGGCUACGAUGGUCAAAGUGAAUGAAAAGGGCCCUGUGUAGCUGAUCACCUCAUGCAAUACAAGAUUAUACAGCGAGUGUAUUAGGUUUGUAAUGCCAUACCAAACUGUAGAGUGUAGACUAAUAACUCCAAUCGAUGAUAGUACAAGCAUCACUAGAUUAUAUAAUAUUUUCUGUGCCCAACAGAGUUGGUGAAAUGUGGUCAUAGAAUUACGAAAGCGAUGUAUAUACACUCUGGAAUGUGAUCUGUAGAACUAAGAAAAUGUAAAGUUAACUGUCAGUUCUGUUAAACCCUGGGAACAUAUGUAAGAUUUAAAAUAAUGUGUUUACAAAUUAUUAACUCAUGAUGCCAGAAAUUUCAAUCGCAUAAAAAAUAUCUUCUUCCAUAAAAUUAAGGAAACCGGAUUACUGCCAUAUAUAAACUUAAUGUAAAUAGUGUAUGUAUGGAAAUCACUAAGAAACUCGUAAAAAAAUUAAUGAUCAAUCCAAGCCUUACAUGCGUGUUUCUUGUGAGAUUUAACCCUUGUGUAGAUUGUACAAGAUAUGCUAUCUCUUGUAUUCUAUAUGUGGUAGGGAGGCGUAGCUAGUUACCGAAACAGGUCAUGAUAUGAAAAUGGAGCUGUAUUCCAUAACUGUUUUAUAUUGUAUUAUAUCAAGUGAGUGAUAUUUAAGGAAAUGGAAUUUAAGUUGACAUUUACGAUGAAUUGUGUUGGUGAUAAGCGUAUGUGUAUCUAUGUGUGGUGAUUGGUGAAUCACCUGUCAAACCUAGGUGUAAAGUGGCCCAGGGUCCUCUUGGACCGGCAUCAUGUCCUGUGCAAUAAAUACCAACUCAGUAA